CCCAGCUCAGCGCAACAGGCAAGACCAUGGCACUCAGUGGCCCUGAACUGGCGAUGUUCAACUCUGACACACCAUUCGGACUGUUCUCUGAGAAGGAACUCCCGCAGGUGGUGAGUCUGGCAGACGAGUCACGCAAGGUGACCAAGCACCUCGCCGAUCUCUUCAAGUCGCUCGCAAAGGCAGAGCUGGACUACUCUCGCAAAGUUCUGGACAUUGUUGCUUCGAGCGAAGCUUCUUUUCCUUCCACAACUCCCUCGUCAUCAUCAUCGACGUCAUCAUCGUCCUCUCAUCGUCAUCCGUCUUCAUCAUCGUCGUCAUCAUCAUCGCAUCAUCCCUCGUCGUCUUCAUCGUCAUCAUCAUCUGCCAUGAGAGAGGAGAACAUGUCGCUCGCUGCUGCUAUCAAUGCCUUUCGGAGAGGAACCGCCGCUGUUGCUGCCCGUCAACAUGGUCGCGCAGAGGCUGUCAUGGCUGACAUUGUCGCUCCGCUGGCUGCCUUUGUCUCGGCAAACGCCGCCAAGAAGGCUGCGUCAGCCGCAAAGAAGGCCAUCGCUGCUCUCUCGCCGCUCCGUGACACAGUCGCCAAGGACGAGCGCAAGCUCGACAAGGUCCGCGCCGCCGCAGCCAAAGCACACGCGGGGUACAAGGCUGCCACAGAGCCAGACAAGCGGACCAAGCUCCUCGCCCAGGCGAGGAACCUUGAUCGCGAUGUCGCCCUCCGCGAGUCCGAGCUGGUCAAGGUUCACCGCGAGCUCGCCUCGCAGGAGAUGGCAUUUGCCUCGCGCGAUCUCAAGCUUCACUUUGUCGCUCUCCAGGACAUCCAGCUCGACCGCGACGAGCUCAUCAAGCGCGCUCUCACCCACCACGUCGCCCUCGCUGACGCCAUUGUGCCCUUUAUCCAAGAGACAAACUGGAACAUGCUGCAGGCUGUCGACGCAUGCCAGCCCAUGGCCGAUCUCCGUGCCUUUGUCCUCCGCCACCACGUUCCGGCCGCGCUCAACCCGACCGCUCCCGCGGCUCUGCCCUCGCCCGCCUCGCCUGCACUCAAGGCCGCCAAGGCCCGCCCGCUUCCGCUCCCGACUACCGAUGACUCUGACUCGCAGCCACAGCAGCAGCAGCAGCACUCGCAAUCGCAGUUGCGCUCAGCUCCGGUCCCCAUCCCGCGCGCCGCCCUCGAUCCGUUUGGUGACCAUCCGACUCCGCCAACCUCGUCGCCGUCGUCACCUGUUGCCGCCGCCGACGACGCUCCCAUCUCCUCUCCCAUCGCCUCGUCGCCCAGGCAUGCCCGCUCUCCCCGCACGGCCCGCGACUCGGCCGACCUAUUUGAUGGCCUCGACGACGAGCCGACCGUCGCCCUUUCUACCGGCGGUGACCACUCGGACCCGCUGAGCCCGACCGUCGCCCUCUCCACCGGCGGCGACGCAAGCGGCCCGCCCGAGGCCACUGACCUCCUCUUUGGCACCCGCCUGCUGCAACCGUCGACGUCCCCACCGACGUGCUCGCUCGCCGACCUGUUCGGCUCCGACUCGGACUCGCCCGACAUCGCCCCACCCUCGUCUACUCCGGCCCCGGCUGCGUCCGCCAACACCCGCAACCUGUUCGCCGACUCGGACUCGGACGACGGCGUUGAUGCUGCCACUGCCGCCGAUAUCUUUGGCUCGGCCGCCGCCGUCGCACCGCCGCCGCCGUCCCGCUCUGACGACGUCUUUGCACUCGUCGGCGACACCUCGACAGUCCCGACUGCCAUUCCGGACACAGGUGAUGCCGACGACGACUUUAUGACCAUGUUUGCCAGCGGCAUCAGCUCGUCACCCCGGUCCGCCGCCCAAGCUGUCGCCACUUCCGCCGCUCCUGCCCUCGCCGGCUCGCCGGCCAAGGCCCGAGUCCUCGACGAGUUUGCAACAACCAAGAGCCGCUCGGCCGACGACGGGUCGGCCGACGCUCCGCCGGACGAGCUCUCGGUCCUCACCGCCAUGCUCUCGGCCAAACCGGCCAAGUCUAAGCGGAGCCGGUCGUCCAAAACCGCGGCCGCAUCGCGGACCCGGACCUCGUCCGGCUCGGCCCGUGCGGCUAGCUCUAGCGCCCGCGCCUCGGCACAGCCGCGCACAGGCGCAAGUGCCGCCGAUGCGUCCGACGAUGCCGCCCGCGCCCGCGCUCUCGCUGCCCUCGCCGAGCUCGCUGACGACAACGACUACUACAGCAUGCUCGGCGUCGCGGCUUCAGUCUCAGACUCGGCGCUCGCUUCGGCGUUUAAGCGGCUGCAAACCGAGCUCGACCCGUCGCGCUUCGACACGCGCCGCGACCAGCGCCGCGCGUCAUCACGCUUUCAGAAGAUCAACGCAGCCUACGUCUCGGUCCUCCAGCACAAGAAGAAGCGCUCCGUCUACAACUCGAUCGUCAAGCUCCGCGCCUCGUACACGUCGCUCGCUACGCCGGCGGCCUCGGCCUCCUCGGUCCGCAAGGCCCUCAAGUCGAUGGCCAAGCUCCUCGACGAGCUCACUAAGCACAAGAUGCCGACCACGCUCUCGACAGAGCUCUCCAUGGCCGUCCGCCUCGUCCGCGACGCCCAUCCGGACGCCAAAAAGUAG